AGUAACAAGACCGUUAGGCGCAAAUAACCCUUAUCAUUUUGUAUGAAACCAAAGAUUUUUUACGAUUAUUAUUCGCAGUUGAUCCCAAUAAUCAAAGAUGAAUCGGCAAAUCAUUCCAUUUCUCUAAAGUUUUAGGUUUUAAAUUGAUAAACAUAAAAAAAAUUUAAGUCAUGCCAAGUUGAAUUCCUUUCGAUUCCUACGAAUUUGAAAUGUUUAAAAACGGGAUUCGUCAAUUCGUGUUCACUCAGUGGGGCUACUUUGAGAAGAAGUUGCUCACGAACUAUGCACUUUAUUUACGUGUACGAUUCCACGCAAGAUAUGAAUCCGUUCCGAUACUUGUAGAAGGUAUACACACGUAUUGAAAGUUGUAUGGUAUCCACAUGUCGAAUCAUUCUGACGCAGUUGUUUAGAAAGAAGAUCCGUGUAGCGGACGAGGUAUUGUACAGUCAAUGAGACCUCCGUUUAAUUUUCGAUGAACUUUGAACGACGUUAUUAGGGACAGUAUAAUGAGAGCAUGAUGAGAGAUUACGUUUAGGAUUUGAUACGAGAAAGUCCAUACGAACAUAGAAGGGGUAGAAAAAAUAUUCAUCCAUCAACUUUGUUUAUCAAUUAUGUUCACCGAUUUUAGAAUAUGACACAGGUAAGAUCAAAACGCAGAAAAUAUUUAAUGAAAUAAAAAUGCAUUUUUUUCUUUUUCUUGUUCAAAUCGUUUUUGAAACGGACUAAAAAGUAUAAAAUAAUAUCUUCUAGCCCCGUACUUUUUAGUCCGUUUGAAAAACGUUGUGAAUUAAAAAUUUUAUUGGACGUUGGUCUUAAAGCGCGUCAACUCAUCGGAUUUUAUGUUUGGAUAUGUUAUUGCAGAGCUGCUAGUCCUUCUUUCUGAGAUGCCUAAAUUGAAGCAAAUACCUUCCCUGGAAAGCAUAGCUCAGGAAGCUUUGCUGGACUAUGUUGUGCAGCGUUGUAAACGGCUAGGCGAACCAAUGACGGCCCAAGAAUUUUACUUUCGUAUUGCUCGUCUCAAGAACAUGUUGAAGGACAUACCUCCAAUUUUGUUUACGUAUCUGAAAAUUUACAACAAAUUUCUCAAGAAAUUCUAUCAGGAUUCACGUGAGGCCUACGCAAACUGUGGCAACGCUCCGUUAGCGAUCAUAUUCGAUAUGAUCAUUCCUGGUCUAUGUUGCGAAGGUCAGGUUCUGGCCACUCUUGACCGUCAUAACGCACCACGGCUCAAAAGUCUGGAAACGCUGGACCUGACGUAUUUCCCAGACACUGAAUCCAAGAGUCUGGAAAUGUUUCAACUACAAUACAUCACGACAUUGAAACUGUCGACUCACUGUACAUUGAAGCAUCUUCGAAUAAUCGGACAGAGGUGCCUGAGGUUGAGAAACCUGGAUGUUAGUAACUCCAAAAAAGUCACUGAUGCGGGAUUGACGGCCCUGAGAAAAUGCUCCGUGUUGGCCUGCGUCGAUAUUUCCGGAUGUAAAGCGGUUACUCGGAAGGGGAUCAAAAAAUGUCUGUCCAACCACACAGGCUUAAAGCAGAUCCAUUUGGAAUGGGUCGAACCGGACUCGACUGACCCGAAUGAGAUUGUGCACCCGAACAUCGAGCGUCUCGGCAUCGCAUCCACUCGUCCUCUCCUAGACCAACACCUAAGAAUAAUUGCUGAAAGAUUUCCCAACUUGACUUCGCUUAAAUUAAACAACUGUCGGUGCACAGGCGACUUGUCUUUGCUGAUACCGCUCGAGCACCUCACGGAGUUUGAAUUUGGGAGAUGCUGCACCUUUGAUUUCGACAGUUUAUCACGACUACUGGCAACUAUUGGCGGCAGGAUUACUUCGCUGAAAAUCCUCUGGUACAGAGAGGGACUAACGCAGAAUGACUUGAAUUUCAUAUUCUCAAAAUGCGUUAACAUCGAGCAUUUCGGAUUUAGCUACAAACCGUUUCGAGCAUCGGAACGACUGGACAUACCGACUUUGCCCAAGUUGAAGACACUGGAGUGUUACUUACUUCAGAUUUACAAACGACGCAAACUAGAAAUUAUCCUGAAUCCAAUGCCCGAACUCAAACAAAUAUCGUACUCUGGAUUCAGCCAUACUCAUCAAACAAUCGAAGCAAUGAUAUUAAGUGGGAUGAAUUUUCCUGAGCUUGCGGUGAUCGGCCUCAACUAUGAAAUUAACGAUUCGCAACGUAUGGAGAGUCUUAAAGAUAUCGUUAGAGCAAACAAUAUUGAUUUGAUCUUCGAAAAUUACGUUCCACCGCAACCUUGAAUCUCCUGACUCCGGAACUUCUAUUUUUAGUGAUCCAACCGAAAAGAUGGCUAAACUAAAGCAACCGACUCCUCUGCACAAGAUGGUCCUCAACUUGCUGAUCAAGAUCGUAAUCGACUAUUUUGUCAAGCUCAGUAGUGUGGGGUCGUUGGACGAUCUUCGCCGAGGUGUUGCUGCGGUCAAAAAGGAAAUAUGCAGUCACAUUCCUCGCGAAUCGUCGGCAGAGUUUCAUAACAGAAUAAUCGAGACAUUUCCAUAUAAUUCGGGAGAAUUUCAUACAGUUACCUGGAUAUUUUUUCCGGAAAGCUACCUAAACGCUGUUCUGGAAAUCGUGAUGGACGUCGAGAUUCCGGGACUAAAAUGCGAAGGUCUAAUCGUGGCCGGUCUGAAUCCUCGCGACGCUCAUCGACUCGACGGUUUGACGGUGCUGAACUUGUCGUCUUAUCUGGAAAGAAUUCCUACGAGCUUCGGACGGUUUCGUCUACAAAAUUUGACGACGUUCGUCCACCGGGAACAUUGCACCGACGUCGACCUGAUCGUGGUCGGACGAGAUUGUCCGAAGCUUGAGACCCUGGACGUUACCGACUCAGAGAAGGUCUCUGACCGAGGACUGCAAGCCCUUGGUCAAUGCUCGAAGUUGCGCACUGUUCGCGUUGCUCUCUGUCGGGUGACAAAUCGAGGCAUUAAGAAGCUUCUGUCGGAUCACAGGAACAUCGAAAGGUUGGCCGCCUGGCCGGACAACGGCUACGACGGGUUCAAUUGCUUUUCCAACUCAGACUCGACGAAAUUUUCAUCGAUAAUCAACUUCAACGUAUUGAUGAAACGAAUCAGAACCACGCACCUGAAUACCAUUGCAGACAAGUUUCCCAGCUUGACUUUACUCGGGAUUCAUGGAUGCCUCGUUACUGGAUACCUCGACCCCCUUUUGUCUUUCGGCAAACUCUCUAAGCUCGACUUGAGAGCUGCCACUGGUUGGAACUGGCCCAAUCUCAUCCAAGUAUUGGCGGUUAUUGGCGCUAACAUCACCGAACUGAAGACCGCCUCGAAUCGCGAAGAUUCUAAGCCCGAAUCCUUCGUGUCGCAGAGUGACUUGGAUCGCGUGUUCGAGUAUUGCGAGAAUGUCGAAUGGUUGAGCUUCGAUUAUCUGGUGGAAAAAGACGGCGAAGAACUAGUGGUACCACCUUUUCCAAGGAUGAUGCACUUCCACGGUCAUGUUGAACGGAAACACCACGUCACGUACAAAGCUCUCUUGAUAUUCGGGGCGAUGCUGAAGCUCGAGGAACUGCUCAUGAAUGGAUUUUACAUCACCGCCGAUUUCAUAGAGUCGAUUAUUUUAGACAACGCGAGAUUUCCAAACCUGACUAAAAUCAUGGUACCUGUGAUUUCUGGUUUUAACAAAGGCUAUGGUGACAUUCGUCGGAUCGCGAAAGAGAAUAAUCUUGAUUUUAGGAUCACGGGUGUCUUGUAGAAACGAGUCCCUCAAAAUUUCGACCCUGUAUUGGUAUUCAUAUUUUAUACUGUAACCCGGCUCGAUCGAUUCUGCUGCUGGUCUGCGAAUGACAUUCAUCAAUUGUUACAAAAUUACGGCGUUUUAUCUGGUUGAAUUAGUUUAUCGACCGUGCCUUUAUGUUAUUGCAUGUUGUACUGCUUACCAAAAAUCAUUGUAACGAACUAAUCUAGCCAUGUACGAUAUAUCGAAUGUUUUUUUCUUUUAUCUUAACGUAUAUCUACAUACGUAUGUAUGUAUUUAUUUAUUUAUCGUGGAAUAAUAUUAAUGGCAUUGAUUUCAACUAUUCGGUAUGGAAUAAAUCUAAAGAUUAUACUUCUUUGCUGCAUCGAAUAAUUCUUUUUUGAAUUAUAAAACGAUUUCUUCGCCACGCUUAAUCGACAUUUUUGGCAAAAUCAAGAAAUAAAUUUUCCGUACGACAUAUCGCCUGGUGUCCAGUAAUUAGAAAACAAGAAAUGGAUGAUGCAACGACCGUCAAUAAUAUUCCACAGUAGUUAUUAGCCGAUAUCUUGUAAUAUUUUAUUUAAUGUUAACUUGUUAUUUUCCACCAAGAGAUUAUUGUAUAUAUUGACAUCCUCUUAUAAAUAUAGAAAUAUUUGGACCAAAGAAAAUGCAUGCAUUGUUUCUGCGAUUUCCUGUCGAUAAUUUCACCGACAUACGACGGAAAACCUGAACUGAGUAUCGUAAAAACUAAAUUGAGUAUCGUUGUGUCAUGUAACCCGAUUCCUUCGCAAAGUCAGGCGAAUAAAGACAGAAACGGAUCUAUUUAGGAAUUUUUCAAUCUGUUUUAGCUGACUGAUGACACGAUUCGACAACGAUACUCGAUAACGUAAACUGCUUAAAGUUUCUACUGUUUUUGUUUCAUUUUAGGGUAAAAAAGUAAUAUUUUUC